CUCGGCCGCCCUUUGCCCCUUCCCGCCCUUUCCCUCUGGUUCCCGAGACCUAGUCUCGUUGGCUGCCUCUUCGGCCCUGUUCCCGCCUCCUUCUGGAUCCCUCACCCCUUUGGCCCGACGCAGGCCUCUCAUCCUGACCGGGGGAGUAUCCUCAAGGGGAAACUUUGCAGCGGGAGAGCCCGGGCGGGUUAGAGCGCCGGACAGCUCCCCACUUUCCGAAGCCCCCCAGGCCCUGACCUUUCCCAGCCCCAUCUUGUUUAACCACGACCGACCCAGUUUCUGGGUGAAAAGAAUUAACGCUGUGCUCUGGCACCGAGGGUGUAGAAGUUGAGUGGGUAGAGAGAGACGUGAACGGCCGAUUGUUGCAACUUCGUCUUGUUUGCGUCUUUCAGAGUUGCUGGACAGGAUUUUCUUUUCCCCGACUCCACGCUUCCUGCUGGACUGGGAAAUUUUCUAAAAGCUUUAUUUAACAUUGUGAUGACACGCUUACGCGUGGAUCCUUUAUUGAUCGUUCUCAGGUCUUUUCAGGGCCCGGGAAAUCUGGACCUAGGCUUGUGGUUGUUAAGUGGGCUUGGUUAAAACUGCAAGAUAUAAAUAAUAUUAUGAGAUCUACUCUUCGUUUAAAGUUAGAGAAAAUUCAGGAAUUUGCCCUUUUGAUGGAGGAACUUAGAAGAAUUUUGUUUUUGUUUUUUUGAAAGGUUAAGGGAAUCUCCGAAUCCCCGUGUGAUUUGACUUUAACUUUAAAAGUUUGACCUUUGCUGGGAUUGUUCAAUUUCACGAAGAUAGUACAGUAAAAAUCGGCAAGAACGCCUCCCACAAACUUAAUGAAGAUAAAUCAAGUUUCUGCCAGCAGGAGGAAUUUGUUUACAGCCUACAGAUAGCACCGUUUUAGAUGCUGUGGAGCUUCAAAAAUAAGAGAAUAUCUGAUCUUGGGUCACCCCUUUCCCCAGUGAUCAUCUUUUCUGUAGGUUUCUAGACUUCUACAACUGGAGAGAUUUCCCUUCCUGUUAAAAAGUAUACUGAAACACAGAUUUUAGUAUUAACGGGAACAUCCAUAGUAGUAUAAAAACUUUCACAAUGAAAUCGGAAGCCAAGGAUGGAGAGGAGGAGAGUCUACAAACUGCUUUCAAGAAACUAAGAGUGGAUGCAUCAGGGUCCAUGGCAUCUCUAUCUGUUGGAGAAGGCACGAGUGUCAGAGCGCCAGUCAGAGCAGCAGUAGAGGAUGCCAAACCUAAGACCGCGUGUGCAUCUAAAGACAGUUGGCAUGGGUCUACUAGGAAGUCUUCACGCGGAGCAGUGAGAACCCAGCGUCGACGCCGUUCCAAGUCUCCUGUCCUUCAUCCUCCAAAGUUCAUACAUUGCAGUACAAUAGCUUCUUCCAGCAGCCAGCUCAAGCACAAAAGCCAGACUGACUCCCCUGAUGGCAGCAGUGGGCUGGGAAUUUCAACCCCUAAAGAGUUCAAUGCAGGAGAAUGCUCAACUUCUCUCGAUACUAAUCACACAGGGGCGGUUGCUGAGCCUUUGAGAGCUUCGGUUCCAAGGCUCCCAUCAGAGAGUAAGGAGGAAGAUCCCUCUGAUGCGCCCCAAGUCUCCCAAGCAAGUCUCCAGGCCAGUGAUCUCUCUGACUUUCAAUCGGUUUCCAAGCUAAACCUGGGCAAGCCAUGUGCAUGCAUAGGCAAGGAGUGCCAGUGUAAGAGGUGGCAUGACAUGGAGGUAUAUUCCUUUUCAGGCCUGCAGAAUGUCCCUCCUUUGGCCCCAGAACGAAGAUCCACACUUGAGGACUACUCUCAGUCGCUUCACACGAGAACUCUGUCUGGCUCUCCCCGUUCCUGUUCUGAGCAGGCUCGCGUCUAUGUGGAUGACGUGACCAUUGAGGACCUGUCGGGCUACAUGGAAUAUUACUUGUAUAUCCCCAAGAAAAUGUCCCACAUGGCAGAAAUGAUGUACACCUGAGAGUAAGAAUCUCCUUCCUAUGCUUUAACCAAUGAAGGGUUGUCAGAGAGUUAGUUAACAGCAGACCUUGCAGCUACUUUGUGUGAGAAGACAUCUCCUUCUGCUCACUGUGCUUGCAAUAAAAACUUUUCUUGGCAUCUCA